AUGGAGGGCGUCCGGGUGGAGCACGAGGGGCCGACGGAUGCCUGUGCUGGUGCUGAGAACCUUGCCACAGGCGCCUUCGCGCCAUCGCAGUAUGCCGUGGCCAGCAGCUGUGAGGACAGGGAGGGCGACUGCUGCAGCAGCGAAGAGAGCGGCCACGGUGCGGGGCUUGGUACGGGAGACGCGGACGGGGCCACGGACUGCUCUGCCAGCCCCGUCACCUCUUCGGAGCCCAGCCGCGACGUCCUGGAGUACCUGGUCCGCUACGAUGCGGCGGUGCUAAGCGGCGGAGGCAGCGACCCACCGUGCGAGGGGAGGGCCGCAGUUGCCGUGCGCGGCGAUGCCGUUGUGGGGGCCACCUGGUGGUGUGCGCGGGCGCGCGUGGCUUGCGCUUGGCUCGGCGCUCCCGACGCCGAGUCGCCCCUGCACGACGAGGGUGCCGCAGGAGCGAGGGACCAGGAUUUGGACGAUCAGCAGGGGGAGCCGCGCGGGAGGCGCCCCGAGCGGGCUUUCCUGCUGGGGCCGCGGCGUUCGAGAGCCUGCCGGCGCGAUUCGCGCAGCUAG